GCAGAAAAGCUGAGAAGUCUGGCUGUGGUUUUUUCGCUCGAGUCUGAUAUUUUCUGAGCAGAGGAAGAAGAAGAAGAAGAAGAAGCGAUGGGUUUCGUCCUAAUUUCUUCUUGUCCCCCGUCCUCCCUCGUCCUUAUCUCUCGGCUUCACCAGUUCUCCGCCGGAAUCAAAAACAGUGAAAUUUCGGUUGGUCGUCAAGUUUCUCCGACCCGUAGAACCCUAAUUGCAAAAGCAUGUUGUUUCAAUCUUCCUCAAGAACCUAUUCUCUCAGAGGCUCUCAAGGAGCCAAUUGCAUUUGUGGGUGGGAUGUUUGCUGGACUACUGAGACUCGAUCUAACCGAUGAACCGCUUAAGGAAUGGGUGACGCGAACUGUUGAAGCCUCUGGUAUUACAGAAGAGGAUGUCGGUGGAGAUGGGAUGGCCUCCAAUGAAGAAGAAUCUCCUCAACAGAUUGAGAUUGAAUGAGGUCAUUGUCCUUUAGUAUGGUUGCCCUUGUAUACGUAUGUGUUGUCUAUGUGAGAAGAAAAACAUAUACCCAAAGAAGAUUGUCUUCUUGAUUGAUAUCUUGCUCCUAGGUGUCUUAAUAAAUCGAUGAAAACACUAAGAGAGUGGUCAUCUUGUAGUAGAACUGAAAGAAUAUUACGAUUCACUAUCUAUCA